UUCAAUGUACUAUCACUCUGACUUACUAGUAGUGUAACUUAUGAAUGUGAUUUAAGACAUUGGUGUUUAUAUCAUACACAUGUUUAAACUUACCAUACAGUUUUAUAAAUUAUUAAACUGUUCAAAAAAGUGGAAAGAUAGUGUUAUUAUAAAUUGGAUUUAAUUUGAAACAAUUAUAAUAAAGAUCGACACGUGUGAUAUUUUGAAUUUAUGAUUUAUACAGGAAUAUUGUGUUAAAAGUGAAAGUUUUUGACUGUUAUCAUAUUAAGUUUUUAGAUUAAAACAGCAUAAUAAAGAUAAGAAAGUGUGUCUAGACAGUUUUGUUUAACUCUUAAAACCUCAAUUAAGGAAAAAGGGGAGUUCAUUAUAUCAGUGGAUUAAUAUAAUUUGCAUACCAUUUACUGUAAAGAUACUGAAGAUAAAGUUUAUAUAAGUAUUGUAUGUGAAUUUUGAUGACAAUUAUGGUGAUGUUUGUGAGAAAUUUGUAAAGACCUGAUAAAACUUGGUGUGAGAGAAAGAAACUUGCUGAUCAAGAUAAGUACAGAACAGUCAGGUUUCAAUGCAUUCUGGAUAUUAUCUCAAAGGUAACCGACAGGAAGUGAUGAACUAUGAGAACAUUCCAUUUGACCCUGCCCCACCACCUUACACUCCGCCCAAUUCUGAGACUUUCUCCACUUCUACUCAUUACAAGUACAGAGAUUCAGUGAUAUGUUCAAAAUGUGGACAACUACACGAGGAGAAUGGUACACAUCUGUACGACUACCACCAGGCCGUGGACGAGGAUCUGAUGUGUCAUAUAUGUCUGCAACCAUUAGUGAAUCCUAUUGAUACGCGAUGUGGACACACGUAUUGUUCACGGUGCUUAAAAAGCUACCUCAAGUUACAGAAGCAGUGUCCUGUUGAUCGACAGCCUUUGACUGUUAGUGAAUGCCAGAAAUCCAGUCUACUUGUUAGAAGGUUAUUGGACAAGUUGCUGGUUGUAUGUCCGAAUGUUGACUACUGUGAGGAAGUUCUUCCCCGUUCAGAGCUAGAUGCCCAUCUUACACACAGGUGUCGAGGUGCAGUUACCAAGUGUAUAAAGGCUAGUCUAGGAUGUUCAUUCCAAGGACCACGUAGCGCUCUUCAAAGUCAUUUGUGGGAGUGUGACUUUCGGGACCAGCAGUCAGGAAAGAACCCAGUAUUAUGUGGAGAAGUGUCCACUAUAGAGAUACAAAGGGACCAGGCUGACCUUGGAAUGUCAGUGGUUGGAGGCUGUGAUACCCCACUCGUAUGUGUUGUGAUUCAAGAAAUAUUCCCAGAUACUGUGAUAUGUAGAGAUGGCAGACUUCAACCUGGAGACCAAAUACUAGAGGUAAACAGUGAAGAUUUGACCCAAGCAUCCCACUAUCAAGCUAGGAAAGUGUUAAGCCAGUAUUUACCCGUGUGUCGCCUAACUGUGUACAGGGAGCGUGCUGAGGAAGAGCGACCUAUAGAAAAAGAGGAAAUUUUAAAGAUAACACUGAAUAAAACAAAAGGAAAGCAGCUUGGUAUAAAGUUGGUUGGAAAAAGGCAUGGUACUGGUGUAUAUAUUCUCAAUUUGGUCCCAAAUGGUCUUGCAGCUAUAGACGGCAGGUUACGACCAGAUGAUCGUGUCCUUGAAAUAAAUGGUCAAGAUUUGUCAUACAGUUCUCAAGAACAAGCUGCCACCGUUAUACAGUCUAGUCAAGAUAGAGUGCAAUUUGUGAUAUCUCGUAAAAGUCGUCCACAGACCCCUGAUCUCAUCCGUUCUACCUCAGAGGCUUUAUGUAGCCUUGACCUUGACCCUGGUGAUGCAAGCUGGCCCAUGUGUAGAAAAUGUCGCGAAGUCAACAUCAGCAUUAAUAAGGACCCCAGUGAAACAUUAGGUAUAAGUAUAGCUGGUGGAGUAGGUAACCCCCGGGGAGACACACCUGUUUAUAUCACAAAUAUAAACCCUCUAGGAUGCCUAGGAAAGUCGGGACAGGUUCAGAAAGGAGAUGUAUUGCUAAAUAUAAAUAGCAGUAACCUUCUUGGUCUUUCACAUCCAGAGGCUGUAGCCCAGGUCAAGGCCAAUACAGGGUCAAAGGUCAUUACAUUGAAAAUUGUUGAGGCGCCAGAGACUUGUAUUGGUCCAUCAAACUUUGUGCCUAGCUGGUUAUACUGGCAACAGCUACCUAAUUUGUGCCAAAAUAUAAAGACUGUGACAUUAUUACGGAGCCCUACAGGCAGUCUAGGUUUCUCCGUGGUAGGAGGUUCAGACUGUGUCCAGGGCUGUCUUCCUAUAUAUAUAAAAUCUGUUGUCUUAGAAACCCCAGCUUUCAAAGAUGGCAGGCUCAAGUGUGGGGAUAUGAUCCUCUCUGUAAACAACACUAGUCUAGAGAAAGUGGCUCAUGCCAAAGCUGUAGAAAUCCUCAAACAGGCAACAGGAGCUGUGUCAUUACGUGUUGUAUCAUGGCCAGGAACCAUGGUUUGAUCUUUGCCCAAUUGCUGGACUUUUUAAUAAUUGAACUUUUCACAAAGCCUGAAACCAGCUGAUGUAACUGAUAGGAUUGAAUCCCGGUUACAAUGAUACUGUUACCUGAAAUUUUAACCUAGAAACAGGUUAUGAAAGGUUUGCCUCCUGGUUGCAAAAGGUUUUGGUUGCUUAAAGUUCAAAAAAGCCUGGAACCAGAUAUCAUAUCUGGAAUGAUUGGUUCUCAGUUGUAGACAUCAGUGUUUGAAAAAGACAUUUAAGCUAGGAAACAUAUGAUAUAACAGUGUCAAAUGCAACAUAUUGUCAGUAUUGGAUACUGGCAUGUCUGAUUUGCUUGUUUUCCCGCCUGAAUUAGUUAACUUGUUGAGAGACUCGUUAAACCUGGUGACAUAUGUAACAUGUGAUCUGAUUGGAUAAUCCAGUUGCCAAAACAAAAAUAUGGAUUUUCAGGAGGAAAACUAAACUGUUCAAAACGUUGUGUACAUAUAUGAAUGGGACAUGUGCAAAUUGUUAGAUAUAUAUAUAUUUUUAUCUUGUUUUAUGUCAUGUUUUAUGUCAUGUUUGUUGGUAGUCUCCCAACUCAGGAUAAAGGAUAGUGAUUUAAGCGAAUGUAAAAUGAGCCGCGUCACGACAAAACCAACGUAAUGCAUAUGCCACCAGCAUGGAUCCAG